CAAGGCAACCAUUUGACAACCCUUCCGACAGAGCCACUAAACCCUACCGACCGCGGUCGCAUCAAUUCCUUUCCGAGCCUUCCCUCCCUGUUCUCAGUAAGCUCUCUCCUCUUCGUUCCCUUCGACACAAAUCCUUCCCCAAAUCGCCUCCUACCACCGCCAUGCCCUCCGCUCCCCUUGCUGCCCACAUCUCUCUCCUCUCUCCCUGAGCUCUCCUCCGCCCGCCGCCAUGUCCGCCGCCUCCAGAGGCCUCAUCGCCUGCAUCCGCCUUCUCUCUUCCGGCCCUCGGCUACCGUUUCCACUCUACCGGAGCUUCAGCGUGGAGCCCCUCAUCGGCGCCGGUGAAUAUGGGCCCAGCGGCGGCGGCCGGGUCAUCGAGGCGAAGCCCGGGGUUAUGAGCCCCAACUCGAGGAGGACCGGGGCGAUCGCGGUCAAAUGUGGGAUGACCGCGCUCUGGGACAAGUGGGGCGCCAGGAUUCCGAUCACGGUCCUUUGGUUGGACGACAACAUCGUCUCCCAGGUGAAGACUGUCGAGAAGGAGGGGAUCUUUGCCUUGCAGAUUGGGGCAGGGCAAAAGAAGGAGAAACAUUUGACGAAGCCUGAGGUGGGUCAUUUCAGAGGUCAGGAAGUUCCUUUGAAAAGGAAACUAAGGGAGUUUCCAGUGACAGAGGACGCACUUCUUCCAGUUGGUACUCUCAUCACGGUUCGCCAUUUUGUGCCUGGCCAAUACGUUGAUGUCACAGGCAUUACUAGAGGAAAAGGUUUUCAGGGUGGGAUGAAAAGGUGGGGCUUUUCUGGAAUGCCUGCAUCACAUGGUGCAUCAUUAUCACAUCGAAGUAUUGGCUCUACAGGUCAAAGAGAUGCUCCUGGAAAGGUUUUUAAAGGGAAGAAAAUGCCUGGCCGAAUGGGUGGCAAGCAACGCACAGUAAAAAAUGUGUGGGUCUACAAAAUUGAUCCUGCAAGAAAUUUGAUGUGGGUUAAAGGUCAGGUUCCAGGUUCUGAAGGGAACUUUGUUUUCAUUAAAGAUGCUGUAUACAAUAAGCCGGACAUCUCCCAGCUACCAUUUCCUACCCAUUUUAUUCCAGAAGGUGAGGAAACAUCAGAGCUGGAACCACUAGUGGCCGAUCUUGGGGAUGUUGAUCCUUUCAUGGCAGCAGAUUAGCUGAUGGUUGAAGAUUUGAAAGUAAUAUGGGAUUAUGCAUUAUAUUGGUUAUAUUUUGGAGUUCUGCUGAGUUUUUAAAUAUUCUUUCCAAAUAGCUGCCAUUGUUUAACCAUGAAAAUUUUGAUAGCAAUUCCUUCAUUGAAGUUCAUCAAUGGAUUUUUGUGGGUCACCCAUCAACGACUAGAUUGGAAGCGACUUCUUGUAACUAAAUCGAACAAAUACCCAAUAAGUUUUCCUGUAUAAGUUGACAGCCUCUGAUAAACAUUACAUGAAGAUUCAGUUGUUUGAUGACUGAAUGGAUUUUGGGGAUGACCAAA